CGACGCCUCAACCGAUACAGCCUCGACUCCGUCUCUUCCCCAGACGUCUCAUUUCCACUCUGGCCCGGUCUUUGCCCAUCACUGCCUACCUAAGUGCCUGACCAUGAAGUUAAUCCUCUUGCGUCUCUUCGUCGCCAAUGUUCAAUUUGCGGACAGGGUCCCCUAAGCGCACUCUGGGCAAGCCAACUGGGGACUGCAGGCCCGCUUGCUCCUGGUUGCCCAUCUACUCGCCUGUGGAUGGCCAUGCGCGAGCUGUCAAAACUCCCCCAUCGCCCGUGUUGUUCUGUUCUUCUUCUUUUGUUUGCUUUGCAAGGCUCUAUCGACGUCGCGUUCGUGUCCAAAGUCAAGUCCUAAGGCCUUUGUGCCACAGUCACUCGUUUCCAAUCGCUUUACACUCACUAAUACGCUCUCUCGAUCUUAAUAUAUAAGAAAAUAAUCAAUUGACAAAGAUGAAGGGUUCCAUCAUUGCUGCUUCGGCCGCAAUCAUCGGCUCUGUUGCCGCUGCCCACCAGGCUCACGCCGGUUUCCAUCUCAGGAGGUACAAGCCUGUUGAGGAGGCUUGCACGGCAUACACGACUGUCUAUGUCUACGAGUCUGACAUCCCUCAGCCCGUUGCUAACUCCACCGUCUACGUUGUGCCCACGCCUGAGUCCACCCCAUGCACUGAGAGCACCUCCGCAGUUGUCCCUCAUCCUCCUGCCCCAACCACCCCUCAGGAGGGUUACCCUCCUGCUCCUCCACCAGCAUCGUCCUCGCCGGCACCUAAGCCCAGCAAGGAGGAGUAUCCCACUGUCCCAGCCCACACCCCUGAGCCAAAGCCGGAGCCCAAGCCUGAACCAAAGCCGGAGCCUGUUGAACCCAAGCCAGAGCCAAAGCCCAGCAAGCAGGAGUACCCCGUUGUUCCUUCCAGCACCCCCAAGCCUAAGCCAUCCAAGGUCGAGGAGAAGCCCAAGCCCAGCAAGCCCGCCAGCCACGGUGGAUACUCCGACUCUGGUCGCAUUGUGACCAACGGCAACAAGUGGGCCAUCACCUACACUCCUUACACCUCCGAGGGACAGUGCAAGAGCCUCGCUGAGGUCCAAAAGGAUGUCGCCGAGAUCGCAGAAAAGGGCUUCACCACCAUCCGUGUCUACAGCACCGACUGCUUUGUUUUCGAGAACGUCGUCCCCACCUGCCAGCAGCACAGCUUGAAGAUCAUCUACGGUAUCUUCCUCGAGGCCGGCGGCAAGGGCGGAAAGGGACCUUUCUCCGACUACGCCAACCAGCAGCUACAGGACAUCAUCAAGAACACCCCCAAGGACUCCAUCGCCCUGAUCAUCGUCGGUAACGAGGCCCUCUUCAACGGCUACACCACCGCCGAGGAGCUCGGUGCCUACAUCGACUACGUCCGUGAGCAGCUCACCUCCGCUGGAUUCCCCUCCGACAUUGCCAUCACCACCACCGAGCCCGUCGACGUCUGGCAGAACAAGGGCGCCGCCCUCUGCAGCCACAUCGACGUCUUCGGUGUCCAGGUCCACCCCUUCUUCACCUCCAAGGUCUACGCCUCCGAGGCCGGUACUUUCGCCCUCGAGCAGCUCGAGAUGGCCGCCAAGGUCUGCCCCGAGGCCGCCGCCAAGGGCAAGUACAUCACCGAGAUCGGCUGGCCCAAGCAGGGACAGACCAACGGAAACGCUGUCCCCGGCUACGGCGAGCAGAAGGAGGCCAUCAAGAACAUCCUCGAGGUCGUCGGUACCGAGGCCUGCCUCUUCUCAUUCCACGACGACAGGUGGAAGGAGCCCGGUGCUUACGGUGUUGAGCAGAGCUGGGGUUGCUCUGACGCUUUGUAGAUGAUGAUAUGACCUUUGGUUAUCCAUUCACUACGAAACGUGAAGAAUGCAAGCAAUCACGGAAUCAAAGAGAAGGAAAAUAGGAAUAGUCAUGGAACAAGGGAAAUAUUUCUAACUGUCUGUCUGGAUCUUUGUUUAUACCAACCAGCUCAUCCGGCCCCUGUAACGAUCGAUCAAUCAAAUCAACCAUGUCCAUUGUCGGUCUACACACUUGUAUAAAGUGCUGUACAUCUUGUCAUUAUUAUCUAUAUGCCGCUACGUUACGUGUUCAUGCUUUGCGCAUCUGUAGUAUUGUUUGUUGUUGCUGAUUUUGUGUUUUAUUCCCGUGCGAUUCCCCCUGAGCGAAACCUGGAGAUGUUGGACGGUGAUGGAAGGGUAGCUUUUAGUGUAUAAUCUACUUGUAAUGUGUG